AUGGGCUCCCGCCUGCUGCUGCUGCUGCUGCUGCUGCUUCAGGCAGUCUGGAAAGAUGCUCUGGGAAAAUCCCAUUCACUGCACACCCGAGGAAUCAUCGAAUUGGCAGAAGCUAUAUCGUGUGGCACAGGACGGUCUCCCUUGGCAUAUAUUGGCUAUGGAUGCUAUUGUGGACUGGGAGGACGAGGGUGGCCUAAAGAUAAAACAGACUGGUGCUGCCACAGGCAUGACUGCUGCUAUGACAAGGCAGAGAAGGAAGGCUGCAGCCCCAAGGUGCAACAGUACCAGUGGGCAUGUGAGCAGAACGCUGUGCGGUGUGAUAACCUGACAGACCGGUGUGAAAAAAUGGUGUGCCUGUGUGACCAAGAAGCAGCCAAGUGUUGGGGAGCAGCCCCAUACAACCCACGCUUCAUCCUCUGGCCAGACUUUUUAUGUGGACAGACUCAUCCCACCUGCCAUUUCAGAUAUGGGGGGGCAGAAUAGUCUUUUUAGGACCUUUCUUCUAACCCUUUGAAUCUGAAGAUGCUGGAAUAAAAUUUCACCUCUUUUACCAGAGCUAACAAUGGUGUGAGAGAAUUUCUAUCAAUCAGGCCAGCGUUUAUGGGGAGGAGAGACAGGGUAACAUAUAUGCUGCAGUAAGGGUAAGAUCCUGCUCUGAUCGUGGCCUUUGCAGAAACAGAGGGUUUGGUCUGCAGUGCAGUGGGAACGCAUUACCCAUCACCAAAUGGCUUUUUUGUCCUUUCACAUUGCCUGACCUUCAGCUCCCACACAUUUGCACGUGAUCUAGAA